CUUUUACAUAAUUAUUUCACUCUCGCACAAUUAAAGAUGAUUUCUUAAUAAAAGGAUGGAUGAGAAUGUAUGUGUGUCUUCUACUCCCAUGACAAGGAAGCUUGCUCAAUAAGAAUCUUAUAAUUAGUGCUUCAUAAGAGGACAAAAAAAAUGCUACUUGAGUUUCUUCAUGGGAAAAACCUUAAAGUAUGUGCAUGUGUGUGUUUUUUUGGUUCAACAUGAAGACAAUGAUAUUGCAUAAAGAGUACUACUGAAGCUUCAUUGAAAUUCUUCACUAUCUGUUUUUCUGAAAAAGCUACUUACACAAAUAAUUUGUAAGGCGACACGGUUAGCAUGAACGAGUUUAAUCCGGGCAGAUCAAAACCAUGGAACAUUUACAGCAGCUCAAAUUCGGGCCCCACUGAAGCGGAUUAUGUUAGCAAGGAAGGUUCGUGGAAGAGUUUUGGGUCGUCUAUUAACGCCAUUUAUUUCGGGUUUGUGGCCACGGCUAUCUUGAUCUCCAUGUUUCUCAUCAUGGCCAUAUUCGAGCAUUUGUUUAGACCGAAUGAAGAAGAAUCUGGUGAAAUGGAAUCCAGGCAAAUGCACAAACUCGGGACUCCACAAAUAGCACAAACGUCAUAUGCGUCCGACUUCUCAGUGGUGAUGCCAGGUCAACAGUACCCUACCUUCAUAGCUCAACCUGCACCUCUGCCCUGUCAUAGAGAAGGAGUUUGUUGGCCCUCUCAUUCGCACCAACAUAUUUUGUUCAAACAUUAAUUGUUGCAACAAAACUGGAAUACAUAUUACACAAUUGGAAGCAUACCCGUGCUUCUCGUGUUUUGCAUGCGCCAAAACCAAGUUAAUGAUGUGCUUAGAUGAUCGCAAUGCUUUGGAUUUGAAUUUUCUUGCGACGCAUACAAGUCUUGAUAAGUCUAAAUAAAAGUAGCUAAAAUCAUUCAAAUGCAAAGAGACCACGUCUCUGCUUGUGUCUCAAUUGGACUUAAAGAUAAACUGAAUCUUUUUUCUUACUGCCACAUCAAGUCAAUCAAUC